AUGGAUCCAAAUCUGACAUCUAAAAUCUUGAUGGGCAGCGGUGUUGGCCUUGCAGCUAUGCUUGGCUAUGAAAAACUAAGCCCAAAUAGUUAUCUCAAUCGUCGGUAUCUACAGAAGCACCCAGUUCCUAAUAAAGCACUUGACAUUGAAUCAUGGGUUCCUUAUUCACAUUUCCAAGCUGUAUCAGAACAUCAAGCAUCUAUGCGAUCUGAUGUAAAAGAAAGACAUAAUAUUAAAUAACCUUUUCAGUAAUAAAUCACUAUCUUAUUGCAGCUUUGAUACUUAUUUUCUAAUUAAUUAUGCAUUAAAUUAUUUACAGCAUGUCUUUAUCAAUAUUGCCUUAUAUAA